AUGCCGCCGAAGAAAGGUGGAGGUGCCAAAGGCGGUGGGGAGAAGAAGGACGAUAAGAAGGAGAAGGGGGCCGGCGGAACAGCUGUCAAGGUACGUCACAUUUUGUGCGAGAAGCAGUCGAAAUGUUUGGAAGCGAUGGAGAAACUCAAGGCCGGAGAAUCGUUCGAUAAAGUCGCCGCAGCCUUCUCUGAGGACAAGGCCCGGCACGGCGGAGACCUCGGCUGGAUGACAAGAGGAUCUAUGGUAGGACCUUUCCAAGAUGCGGCAUUUCAGCUGCCAAAUUCUACGUGUAAUAAACCUGUCUAUACUGACCCACCCGUGAAGACCAAGUUCGGAUAUCAUAUCAUCAUGGUUGAAGGCAAGAAAUAAAUCCAGUCCAA